UUGGACAUGAAAACAUAUACUUGCUAUUAUCUUGAUUCUAUAAUGAAUAGCACAAUCAAUCCGGUGUUGAGGCAAAUUAUUGAUGCGGCAAUGUCCUUGUAUGCUAUGCAAAGUGUCAACUGGGUUAAGGCUAAGUGUCCAUAUCAGACGGGAGGUACUGAAUGCGGCUAUUAUGUGUUGAAGUUUAUGAAAGAGGUGGUUGAAGAAGGAAUUGAAAUACUUGCCAAUGACAACGUUGGGGAAGGCAAAGUGGUAUACACGGAUGAGGAUAUUGAUGGAAUACGUGAAGGGUGUUCGAGUUAUGGGGCAACAUUUGUUUUCAAGUGACUAUUUUAGAUGUUGAAGUAUGUACGCCAAAUAAUACUUUUUGUUAACUUAAGAUAUUUGAAUUAUAUUUGACGUAUGACUAUGAAAUGAAUUGUUUUGGUUUUUGUGUAUUU